AUGGGGUCAGAGUCAACAAAUACGCAACGGCCGUCAGCGAGACUCCGACAAGGAAAUGUGAUCGGUAUCACGCAAUGUGAUCCGGGCGCAGAAUCUGUUCAGGCAUUUCUAGGCAUCCCAUAUGCCUUCCCGCCAACAGGUGACCUGCGAUUUCGUCCGCCUGUGAAGGUGAAGGAUUCAUCGGAGGACAUUGACGCGUCUCAUUACGGACCUGCGGCCCCGGGGAGGCCUCUCUUGAUUGCUGGACCGAAGCUGGAGUACAGUGAAGAUUGCCUCACUGUGAAUGUGUUCCGUCAGACACCAGGGACGGCCAAUGACCGCCUUCUACCCGUGGCAAUCUACGUUCAUGGCGGAGCCUUCAACAGAGGAAGCGCUUCCAUGCACGACACGGCGUCGAUGGUGGCAUGGUCGGAGCAACCUUUUGUUGCCGUCUCGUUCAACUACCGAAUUGGUGCUCUUGGGUUUCUACCAUCGAGCCUGACUGCAAGAGAAGGGGUUCUCAAUCUGGGCCUUAGGGAUCAAAUCUUACUGUUCGAAUGGGUUCAGGAAAAUAUUUCAUCCUUCGGAGGAGACAAGAACGAUGUCACUCUCAUCGGCCUCUCUGCUGGAGCUCAUUCAAUAGGCCAUCAUCUCAUGAGGCACAGCACUGACAAUCCCGGUCCAUUCCACCGAGUGGUUAUGGAAUCUGGUGCGCCCACCUCCCGCGCGGUGCGUGUUUUCGACGCAGAGAUCCACGAGCAACAAUUCCGCGAUUUGCUGAACGAGGUCGGCUGUCCGAGUGACUUGGCACAAGAGAAAGUGUUUCCUUUUCUGCGCUCAUUGCCGCUAUCUGUCAUCACCGAUGCCCAGAAUUCUGUCUUUGGCAAAUACAACCCGUCGCUAUGCUGGGCUUUCCAGCCCGUCAUUGACGGCGAUAUCAUUCUACGUCGGCCGAUCGACAGCUGGCGGUCAGGAAACUAUUACCAAGUGCCCAUCAUGACCGGUUUCAACGGCAACGAAGGGUCGCUAUACGUCGACAAACAAAUGGCGACAGGUGAGCAAUUCGAGCAGUUCUUCAGGACGCUCCUGCCGCACUUGCCCGCCUCAGACAUCGAGACGAUCGCCGACAAACUCUACCCCAACCCGACUCAGUCCACAGACCUAUCCUACCGGGAAACGCGAAUGUGCCCGGAGAUUGGACCGCAGUACAAACGCAUCGAGGCCUCUUACGGACAAUACGCCUACGUCGCUCCGGUUCGUCAAACUGCGAAUCUAGCCUCACAAACGCAAGCUGCACCAGUGUUUCUUUAUCACUGGGCCCUGCCUACGACCGUGAUCGGCGGCGCUAGUCAUGGUGACAACAUGCGUUAUGAGACGUACAGCUCUACAGUUCGGUCUCUGUCUGAGACCCAGAGGGAGAUUUCGGGCAUGUUGCACGCAUACGUGACCAGCUUCAUCUGCAACAAGGGCGACCCGAACGCCGUGGCUGGGAAGUGGGCGAAGAGGCCGAAUUGGCAGCCUUAUGCAGCUGGAGAAGAGAGGCCCAAAACCAUGGUCUUUGGGAAGGGGAUUCACGAGCUCAUUGGCGGUGAGAAUCGUGGCGAUUCGGCCGAGUGUGUCUUUGAUGAUUGGGCGUUGGAACAGUGUCGUUUCUGGUGGGAACGGGUAGAAUUGACCCAGCAGUGAAC